AUGCCAACCCAGUACCAGCCGCCGUUCAACAACUUUGAACUAGACAUGAGGCAAAAUACCACGCGGGUCCGCGGCAUCGUUUUUGGUAUCACCCGCCAGGGACUCACGUUCAUGCUCGCCGACGACACCGACGAGGUCGUGCUGAUUGAUCCUCAUGGGCGCUGGGCGGCACGUCUGGGCGGCUAUUAUCAAAUCGUCUGCCGACCGUUGCUCACGCGGAUCGGCAACUGCAAAUACAUGUCUGUAGAGCCGGGCACCGAGGUGAAAACAGGGAAAUUCAAGGCACGCCGCAUCGCCGGCCGUCUUGUCGAGCUCCAAGUGACGAUCAAUGGCCAACCGGGCGAGACUCUGCCCGGAUAUGUUUGCUUUCAGACGCUGGAAAUCGGCACCGUCCGCUUCUCGACUCGCGGUGUCUAUUCGCUGGAAAACAACGCCAGUUAUAUAUUGCCGCAGGAAAUACAUGGCCACUACGCCCACUCGGUGGUUGUCCGCCCGGACGUGCAGGAGUCUGGCUUGCAUUGGAAUGUCUCGCUGUAUCUGGGACAGGCCCAGGCGCAAAAGAGCAUUGUUGAGAAGCGCCAUCUCCCCACCGACGACGACAGGACCGAUCUUUAUUUUCUCGACCAGCUCGACCGCGGCUACGAUGUGCCAGGCUGGGCAGGACCACAGGCACAGUAUCCGGUAGAACCACCACCACGCUAUGAAUCGCGUCCAGCGUCGGCUCAAUUCUCCCAUCAACGAUCCACAGCGGACCCUUGGGCCCUCCUCGACCAAGUCUGGCGCCACGCUAGCAUCCGGGCCGUCCUCUCCGACAUCGACCCAAGGUUAGCGACAGCCGUUGAGGACGCAGUCCAGACGCAGUUUGGCGGCCCUGCCCCGGCCCCGCAUCAGCCGAUGAGAGUUUCCCCGCCACGCUACGAGCCCCACCCGCACGACAGACCGCAAGGCUCUUAUGAAGGCCCAAGAGGCUACCGGCUCUCUCCUGGUGCGCGCGUUUAUCAAGAGGGCUUUGGGCGCAACGGGCCGGAACCAACUUACUUCGAAGACCAGAAUGUCGGUGGCUACCACCAGGCUCCACAGAUGCCAGGCCCACCUGGACUGCCCUAUCGACCGGAACCACGCAAUCCUUACGGCGGGCCUUACGAUGACGGGUAU